CCCCAUUUUUACAUAUAUGCACUCACACAUUGGGCAACAGUCAUACACAGACUACUGAAACGAUUAUUUUUUCCUGUAGUCGCUAUUACUGAGCCCUGUUUGGCUUUACGUCUGUCAAGGCGAGAGGAUAGCAGACAUGGAAAGCCUGUGCUGUUUCAGCAAAUAUCACAAUGAACCAAAGAUAAAGAUGUCUCAGGUGAAGCAGGUUGGACUGCUGGCGGCUGGAUGUCAGCCCUGGAAUAAGGACGUGUGUGCUGCCAGUGGGGACCGGUUUGCGUAUUGUGCCACGCUCGCCAUAUAUGUAUACCAACUUGAUCACAGAUACAAUGAGUUUAAGCUGCGAGCGAUCAUGUCUGAACACAAGAAGACAAUCACGGCUAUAUCGUGGUGUCCACACAACCCUGAAGUGUUUGCUAGUGCAAGUGCUGAUAACCUGCUCAUUAUUUGGAACGUGGCCGAGCAGAAGGCCAUUACACGGCUAGAUAACACCAAAGGUAUUCCAGCUUCUAUAAGCUGGUGCUGGAAUGCAGGUGACAGUGUUGCAUUCGUAUCCCACCGGGGUCCUCUGUACAUAUGGUCCAUUUCUGGGCCUGACUCAGGAGUCACUGUGCAUAAGGAGGCUCACAGUUUCCUCUCGGAUAUCUGCCUGUUCCGCUGGCAUCCAUUGAAGAAGGGAAAAGUGGUGUUUGGACACACUGAUGGCAGUUUGUCCGUCUUUCAACCAGGCUCAAAGAAUCAAAAGCACGUACUGCGGCCCGAGUCGUUAGAAGGCACAGAUGAGGAAGACCCCAUCACAGCUCUUGAGUGGGACCCUCUCAGCACAGACUACCUACUGGUGGCCAACAUGCACAAUGGAAUUAGACUACUGGACUCUGAGUCUCUAUGCUGCAUCACUACCUUUAGUUUCCCCAGUGCUGCUGCCUCCGUGCAGUGUCUGGCCUGGGUGCCCAGCGCCCCUGGCAUGUUUAUCACAGGGGAUUCUCAAGUUGGUGUGCUAAGAGUUUGGAACGUAUCAAGAGCGACACCUCUGGAUAACUUUAAACUGAAGAAAACCGGCUUCCAUGCACUUCAUGUUUUAAAUUCCCCGCCAGCAAAGAAAUCCUUUAGCUCAAACUCCCCUUCCAAGAAUCACUACACCUCCUCCACUAGCGAGGCUGUGCCUCCACCUACACUUUCACAGAACCAAGCCUUCUCCCUCCCACCUGGGCACGCUGUCUGUUGUUUCAUGGAUGGAGGAGUUGGACUGUAUGACAUGGGUGCCAAAAAGUGGGACUUCCUGCGGGAUCUGGGUCAUGUUGAAACUAUCUUCGACUGUAAAUUCAAGCCAGAUGACCCAAACAUUUUAGCUACAGCUUCAUUUGAUGGGACGAUAAAAGUCUGGGAUAUAAACACCUUAACUGCUGUGUACACAUCUCCGGGAAAUGAGGGAGUGGUGUACUCUCUGUCCUGGGCCCCUGGAGACUUGAACUGCAUAGCAGGAGCUACGUCAAGAAAUGGUGCCUUUAUUUGGGAUGUUAAAAAGGGAAAAAUGAUCACAAGAUUUAAUGAGCAUGGGAAGAAUGGUAUUUUUUGUGUUGCUUGGAGUCAUAAGGAUUCCAAAAGAAUAGCCACAUGCAGUGGAGAUGGAUUUUGCAUAAUUCGAACCAUUGACGGCAAAGUGUUGCACAAAUACAAACAUCCAGCAGCAGUGUUUGGCUGUGACUGGAGUCAAAAUAACAAAGAUAUGAUUGCCACUGGCUGUGAAGACAAGAAUGUUCGAGUCUAUUACUUGGCCACCAGUUCAGACCAGCCACUAAAAGUCUUUACAGGUCACACGGCCAAAGUAUUUCAUGUGCGUUGGUCACCUCUCAGAGAAGGCAUACUGUGCAGUGGCUCAGAUGAUGGGACUGUCCGUAUCUGGGAUUAUACCCAAGAUGCAUGCAUUAACGUGCUGAGUGGCCACACUGCUCCAGUUCGGGGUCUCAUGUGGAACACAGAGGUGCCGUACCUUUUGACCUCAGGGAGCUGGGACUACACCAUCCGUGUCUGGGACACCAGAGAUGGCACCUGUUUAGACACUGUAUUUGACCAUGGAGCUGAUGUCUAUGGUCUAACGUGUCACCCCAGCCGUCCAUUUACCAUGGCUUCCUGCUCCAGAGAUUCCACGGUCAGACUUUGGUCACUCACUCCUCUAAUUGCUCCCUUAGUGGUCAACAUCCUUACUGACCACAGCUGGGAUGACAUCAUUGGCAGCACAGAUCGCGCUAUGGUUCCUGGAGCCCAUCCCCUCCUGUGUGGAAAAGUGUCCAGAGAUAUUAAACAGGAGCUGGAUAAACUCUCCAGCGACGUGCGCAUGAAGAAGCUCAGAUGGUUCUCUGAGUGUUUCUCACCACCUGGAGGGAGUCAUAACCUGUGGGAUCUGGUUGCUGUAAUCAACGGACAGGAUGAUAGUCUUCUUCCACAGAACUAUGGGCAGGGCAUCAUGCAUAUGAAACACCUGGUUCGCUUCAAAACCUCUGAAGCACAAGAGCUGACCAUAGUAAAGAUGUCAAAGUUUGGGGGUGGUAUUGGAGCCCCUAGCAAAGAGGAAAGGCUCAAGAAUGCAGCAGAAAUCCAUAUCAGACUGGGACAAAUCCAGAGAUACUGUGAGCUUAUGGUGGAACUGGGAGAGUGGGAGAAGGCUCUUUCUGUGGCUCCUGGUGUCUCCAUGAAAUACUGGAAAAAGCUCAUGCAAAGGAGAGCAGACCAGCUCAUGCAAGAAGGCAAUGAUGAUGUCAUCCCAUACUGCAUCGCCACUGGUGAGGUGAAAAAGCUAGUGAAUUUCUUCACCUCUAGAGGUCAGCUGAAGGAAGCUGUGCUGGUGGCUCAGGGUGCUUGUGAAGGCAACAUCCAUGGCCCUGAGAUCACAUCUAUAAACCAUGCCGUAAACUCUGACAAUGACAACAUAGAAAAAUACUACGGGAUGUUGCACAGAGUAUGUAAAGAGCUGGCUGAGUGGUAUUUCCAAGAUGGCCGUGCUGUGUUGGCAGCUUGCUGUCAUCUAGCUGUAGACAACACAGAACUGGCUAUGGCAUCUCUGAUCAGAGGCAAUGAGCUGGAGCUGGCAGUGUGUGUGGGCACAGUCCUGGGAGAAUCAGCCUGUAAAGCCACCCACUACGUUUUGGAGCUCUUGGCCAGGAAAUACAUGACCACUGCCACCUGCUUUCCAUCUGUGGCAUACAGGGAUCUUGCAGCCAGUUUACUUAAGAUGAUCCCUGAUAAUGAGAUCUUGUUAGCCAAACUGUGUGCCUUCUACCCUGGCAGCUCAGCCGAAAUUAACGACCUGCAUGAAAAGUGUGGUCUACCGACUUUAGAAGAAUGUAAAGAGCUUGCUGAGAAUACACAUGCUGAGGGAGAAACCUUCCAAGCAGUAAAGUAUUACCUCCUGAGCACAGAACCAGAAAAGGCUCUUCCCAUCGGGAUCACAUUUGUCAAAGAGCAGCUGAGCUCUCCUGACUGGGCAGUGGACUCAGUGUACCACAUCCUAGACCUGCUGAGCUACAUCAGAACAGACAGUCUUAUUCUUCCAAAGUGUAGUGAAGACCGUAAUGAGUUGCUUAUUCUCUGUGGGUAUAUUGGUGCACUAUUAGCCAUUGGGAGACAGUAUUCAAGUAUAGUGCCAGCACUGUAUGAAUACACAAGUCAGCUGCUGAAGAGAAGAGAGGUGGCUGUACCACUGCAGAUAGAGCAGUUGUCUGUAGAGUUGGAGGCCUGGAGAGCCUGCACACAAUCCCUCAAAGAGGCAGAUGACACCUCAUACGCGCCACCAUCUGAGGCCCAGAAAACGGAGUAUAAUCAGCUGUUGAGUCGGAUGAGAGAGGACCCCAUCAAGGGCCUAGAGGGUCCUGACUAUGUCACUGGCUCCAACUUGCCCAGCCACUCUGACGUCCAGAUUUCCUGCUUUACUGGCCUCAGGAUACAGGGUCCAGCGUUCUUCCUGGAAGAUGGCAAAUCAGCCAUUUCACUAAAUGAUGCCCUGAUGUGGGCGAAAGUGAACCCUUUCUCUCCAUUAGGGACGGGUAUACGCCUCAACCCCUUCUGAGCACAAAUACAACAAAUGUUAGCAGUAUUUUGGCUGGUCUGGCUAUGUAAUAGCAGCGUUUGGAAAGGGGACAACAUUCCUGUUUUUGUUUUUUUUUCAUCAGAAAGUAUAUGUCAUAAAACAGCAGAAUGCCUGAUUGUUCAAAUCCUUUUUUAGUCAAGUUUUGUCAUUCCAUGCUGUGCUUAUUACAUUCAGGGUUGCAGUUCAUAUGCAAAGAAUCACAGCAAAAUGCUGCUGUAGUGAUUAUAAAGUACACAAGCACACAAGUCAGAUUCACAGGACAAAUGCAAGUCUGAUGUGUACACAUGUCGACAAGAAAUGCACAGACUGAUGUACUACUAUCAAAGGCAAGAGAAGUAAGAUGAAAAUUAGAGCACCAGAACUACCUGUUAAAGCAACACCAAGUGACUUUUCCUCUGUGGUCACCCUACUGGUUGGAAGCGGAAUUGUCGAUUACAAAUGUCGUAAAUAAUUUAACCUAUCCAGCACCGGCUUUGGAAUCAAAUAUGGCCACAGACAAGGUAGAGUAUGAUGCAUGAUUUUAUGAAAGUGUAGUUGUACUGUCGAGUACCCUCCACCUAUCAGCAAUUGUAAUGCUUGCCGUAAAGCAAGUCAAAUUGAUAUCGGCCAAUCUUACAUAGCAUGGAUAUAUCAGAAGGACCGCAAAGUGGUGGCAUUAGUGCAUUUCACCAUGUCACGACUUGAUGAACCACAAACGAUUUUGAAAACAUUAUUUUAAUAAAACAUUAAAAUAAUGUUUUCAACAUUUGAAAACAUUAUUUUAAUAAAAAUCCUUACUUAUUGUUGCUUUAAAUCUCUAUAAAGGGAGAUUUAUGCUGGAUACAGUGAUGAAUGUUACACAUGAAGCAGGUAAUUUAAUGCCUUUCUUGCUCAUCCUAAAUCACAAGCAGGGUCAGGUAUUCGGGUUUAGGUGUUAUGUCCAGGUCUUAGGGUUGUGGCCUAUAGCGCAAAGAUUGUAAAUCUAGUUGGUUUAUGUGGCAUUGUCAGUGGUAUUAUGGAGUAUAAACAAUUGCAUUAAGCAGACUGAAUGUUUUGUAACAUUUAUUUCAAGACUUGAGUAUAAGGCAUUCAUCUGAUUUUAUGAAAAGAGAUGUGUUAGUUUUGCUGCUUUGACACUGAAACCGUUUUUCAUGUCUGUUAUAUAUGGACUGAAUAUAUUUGCUGACUACUGAAUAUACAGUACACCUUAUUUUAGUAGAACCAAAUAAGAGAAUUAACAGUUUAAAACCUUACAUUGUAACAAUACUAUUUACUGUAAUGUUUCUUCAUUUCAUUCAGUAACUAACAUGAAUAGUUUACAGAGCAGUUCUGGGGCCAGUGGUGUAAUAUUUAUGUUCAUAAACUAUGGCAACAUUAUUUACGAAGGGUUAUUAUAAAUUAAAUCUUGCUGUUACAUUCAAAAUCUGUUUAGAUGAACUUAGGCAAUACGUCUGAGUAAGUGCACAUUUGAAGUGAGGAUGUAAGAUAUUUAUGCUGACAUACACAGCUAUAGAUUUGGAGUGUAUUUCUGAAGUUAGGAAAUAAAAGACAAAAAGUGUCAUGUAUUGCUAAAAUCAUCAGUUGCAAUGGUUGUCACGCAUAGCUGAGUAUAUAAAAUGGAAUGUAAGUUUUAUGUUAAAAAAACAGAUACAGAGACUAUUUUCAUCAAAUGUGAAAUGCACUGUGAAAUGUAUUUAUUUGUAUAUAGUUUUGUUGUAGAAUUUACGUCUAAAUCCAAGUUUAAAUGGGUGUACAUAACAUAUUAAUAUGAUCACUGUUCAUACGCAACUGAGGACAGUUAAACAGGUAUAUAUAUAUCGAUCCUGGAGUUGAGUCAUGAAGCUAGGACCUGUUCAAAUUCUGCAUGUUUCAAGUGUCUCAUCUAUUUAUUUUGACUGAUGAUAUCAUAGAAGUGCAAGAUAUGUAAGAACAGGCAAUGACUUUCUUUUUUGUGACUAUGAUUUGAUAAUUGCUAUUAAAAAGAUCAAGUGUACAGGAA